AUGCGAGGCUUCAACAGAACCACUGUGGUUAUACAGUUCAUCCUGCUGGGUUUCUCCAAUCUUGGGGAACUCCAACUGUUCCUGUUCACCAUCUUCCUUCUCUUGUACUUAGCAAUCCUGGUGGCCAAUGUAACCAUCAUGGCUGUUAUCCACUUCAGCCGCACUCUACACAUUCCUAUGUAUGGUUUCCUCUUCAUCCUUUCAUUUUCUGAAUCCUGCUAUACUUCUGUCAUUAUUCCUCAGCUGCUGAUCCACCUGCUCUCAGCCACCAAGACUAUCUCCUUAAUGGCCUGUGCCACCCAGCUCUUCUUCUUCCUUGGCUUUGCCUGUACUAACUGCUUUCUCAUUGCUGUGAUGGGAUAUGACCGCUAUGUAGCAAUUUGUCAUCCUCUGAGGUAUACACUCAUCAUGAACAAAAGGCUAGGAUUGGGUUUGGUUUAUCUGUCAGGAAUCACAGGUUUUCUUAUUGCUUUGGUGGCUACUAACCUUAUCUAUGACAUGCCUUUUUGUGGUCCCAAUAAGAUCAAUCACUACUUCUGUGACAUGGCACCUGUUAUCAAAUUAGCCUGCACUGACACCCAUGUAAAAGAGCUGGCUCUAUUCACCCUCAGCAUCCUAGUGAUCCUGGUGCCUUUUCUGCUAAUUUUCAUAUCCUAUGGCUUCAUAGUCAACACUAUCCUGAAGAUUCCCUCAGCAGAUGGCAAAAGGAAGGCCUUUGCCACCUGUGCCUCACACCUCACAGUGGUCUUUGUUCACUAUGGCUGUGCAUCUAUUAUCUACCUUCGGCCCAAAUCUAAGUCUGCUUCAGACAAGGAUCAGUUGGUGGCCAUGACCUACACUGUGGUUACUCCCCUACUUAAUCCUCUUGUCUACAGUCUGAGGAACCAGGAGGUGAAGACUGCACUGAAAAGAGUUAUGGGAGUAACUGCAGCUACGAAGAUGAGCUAA